UCUCGUGGAAAUGUAUUUAGAACAUGUUGACUGAUGAAAAAGGCAUAAACGCACACUACAGAAGAAAAGUCAACAACGACCGUCUGUGCCAAGCAAUUUGCGUUUCAGCUCCAGCACCCAAUCCAAGUUCAGCCAGCUUUCCAUCGUGUAGACAUUAUGGAUUUUGUUGGUACUAGCUUAUGCAUCAUAGAUUCAAUAUGGAAGCCGUUGGAAAGAAGGUUCUAUUAUUUGUUAAAUGUUGAGCAACUUCUAGAGGAACUGCUUGUCAACCUGGAGAGACUAAAUGCUAGAGAGAAUGACAUAAAACUGGAGAUUAACAGGGGCAUAUUGAACGUGAGAAAAAAGCCUAAAAGUGAGGUACAGUUGUGGCUCAAACUGGUGGAAAAGGUAGAGAAUGAAGUGAGUGGCAUGCAGAAUGAUAUUGGUGAAAAAGGUAGAUAUAUGAAAGGUUGCUAUCCUAAUUGUUAUUCACGUUAUAAAUUAGGAAAAUUUAUUGCACUAAAGAUGAAAGAAGUUAAUGAGCUUCAUGGAAAGGGGGCAUUUCCAAAUGGUUUGUUUGCUGAUUUAUUGCUAGAUGGUGGAAAUAUUAUGCCAACAAGAGUGUCGGUAGCAACAACAACACACAUGAAGGUUUUGCGUGAGAUUCAGGAAUGUUUAAUGAAUGUUGAUGUCAACAAGAUAGGUAUUUAUGGCAUGGGUGGUGUGGGAAAGACAACCAUCAUGAUGCAUAUUAAUAAUCAGCUUAAUGAAGCUCAGAUUUUUGAUCAUAUUAUUUGGGUGACUGUAUCAAAAACUUUUGACUUGGAGAAAUUGCAAGAUGACAUAGCAAAAGCUGUAGAUAUGGACCUCCCAAAUGAUAGAAGUGUGACUAGCAGGUCUACAAUAUUGUUUCAAUGUUUGCGGAGAAUUAAAAGAUUUGUACUCGUUUUAGAUGAUUUAUGGAGUAAGUUUUCUUUGGAAGAGGUGGGCAUCCCUGAGCCAAAUAAAGAUAAUGGUUGUAAGAUAGUUUUCAUUACUCGACUCAUGGAAGUUUGUCGGGGCAUGGAGACACAUAGGGAAAUCAAAGUGGACAUCCUUUCUGAAGAGGAAGCCUGGAACUUAUUUGCUGAUAAAGCAGGCAUUGCUGCAAUUUGCUCUCCUGAAAUAGAACCAUUGGCGAAGAUGAUUUCUGGUGAAUGUGGCCGUCUGCCUCUUGCAAUCAUCACUGUUGGACGAGCCAUGAGGAAAAUUGACAAUGUAAGAGUUUGGAUGAAUGCAUUGGAAGAACUAAAAAGCUCAAGAGCAGAGAUUGAAGGCAUGGAAGAAGAUGUCUUUGCACGUUUGAAAUUUAGCUAUAGCCAUUUGAAGAAUGAUAGAGCUAGAGCUUGUUUCUUGUACUGUGCACUGUUCCCAGAGAACUACAAUAUUGAAGUUGAGGAGCUGGUGGAAUAUUGGAUGGCAGAAGGAUUGAUAGAUGAAGUGGGGGAUAGGGAGCGUGAGAUAAACAAAGGGCAUGCAGUGGUAAAGGAACUCAAAGAUGCUUGCAUGCUAGAGGGUGUUGGAACAAGGUGUGUUAGAAUGCAUGAUUUGGUGAGGGAUUUGGCAAUUAGAAUCACGAGUGAGAUUCCUCAGUUCAAGGUAAAAGCUGGUCUUGGGUUGAAAAUCUUUCCUAGGAUUUGGAUGGAAGAUGUUGAAAGGGUCUCCAUAAUGGAAAACAACAUUGCACUCCUUCCUGAUCAUCCCAAUUGUACAACUCUAUCAACUUUGUUCCUGCAAAACAACCCCCUUUCAAAGGGCAUACCUGAUGAUUUCUUUCUAUACAUGCAUAAUCUCAGAGUUCUUAACCUAUCUGGUACUUCCAUUGAAUUGCUUCCAUAUUCAUUUUGCAAUUUACAAAAUCUCCGAGCGCUCUUUCUAAGCUUUUGUGAACUUAAAGAGUUACCUUCUCUUUCAAUUCUCAAAGAAUUGAGGGUGUUGGACCUUUCAUAUACAUUGCUAGAAGAGUUGCCACAUGAUAUGGGGAGCUUGACAAAUCUCAGGCGUCUUGAUCUUUCUUACACAGAAGAAUUAAAUACUUUUCCUGCUGGGGUAAUCCCCAAACUGUUUCGUCUAGAAUGCCUAUCUAUGUUCAAAAGCAAAUGGAGAUGGUCAUUGGUUUCGCAAGGAAUAGGUAAUGGAGUAGAUUUUGAAGAAAUAUUCAACUCCAAGCAGCUUAGCAAUCUUGGUCUUUCCUUUGAGGAUUCAAACAGCUUCAACAGCUAUGUGAAGUCUAGACACUGGUGUGAGCUGAAAAGAUAUCAUAUUGGCAUAGGACAACUGUCAAGCUUUUUACCAUUUUCGAGAGAAGGUUUUAGUGUAGAAAUUGAAGGUUGUAACGUCAUUACCAGUGGAAGUUCCAUUCUGCUCCCAGACAAUACUCAACAGUUAGCAUUACAGGGUUGUAAUGAUAUUGAUAUUCUAUCAAAUCUUUUGAAUUCCUCAAACUUGGCUGACCUUAAGGAAUGCUAUAUUUCCACCUGUAGUAGGUUGGAGUACAUCAUAAAGGCAGAGGAGAAUUAUUUUCCUAGCUUAAAGAUACUAAUCCUCCACAAGCUGCCUAACUUAAAAGCUAUUUGCUAUGGGAUUGCUGUAGCUAAUGUGCUUUCAAGGUUAAAGACCCUGCAUAUCCAUAAUUGCAAUAGUCUUAAAAGUAUAUUAUCCGUUGGAAUGCUACAGUGCCUGAAGAAUCUUGAAGAGAUUGAGCUAUGGAAUUCCCAUUCUGUAGAAGAGAUAAUUGAAGGUGGGGAACUUGGUGGUGUCAACAACACUACCUUUCCAACUCUUACACUCCCAAGACUACAGAGGCUGUAUUUGAGUACUUUACCUGAGCUGAAAAGUAUUUCCAAAAGGCCAAUUGCCAUCAAUUUAUUAGAAUCUAUUGAUGUAUGGGACUGUGGGAAGCUAAGGAAUCUGCCUUUCUCAAUGGAGAACUUGCCAAACUCCCUGAGGUGCAUAACAGGGAGCAGAAAAUGGUGGGAUGAAUUGGAGUGGGAUGAACCUAGUCCCAAAAGAUUUUUACAACGAUUUUUCAAGGAUGAUAGAUGAAGCGGGGUGGCACAUAUUUAUGUACAAAGCAGAGAAUCACUUGAUUGGUAAUUUGAUUCUCUUUCUCAACGCUAAGUAUCUUAAAGUAAACAUAAUGUUUUAAACUUCUAUUGUGUUGAAUUACUAUUGAUCCUAAAAGCUUAAGCUGAUGGAAUGUCGGUUUUUAUUUCAUUGAUAUUUUUCUCUAACAUUCCCUUUUCAAUGCAGCCUGUUUCUUUUGGGCUUUUUUCUAGAUCCUCACGAUCUCUGGGAUUUUUGGUUCUGAUACCAUGUUGAAAUAUCAUUUAUUCCAGAAGCUUAAACUGAUGGAAGGUAGAUUUUUAUUUUAUUUAUAUAUUUUUUUAACACUCCCCUUUAAAUGUAGGUCCGUUUCUUUUGGAUUUUUUUUCUGGAUCCUCACGAUCUCUUGGAUCUCUGGCUCUCUGAUGCUAUAUUGAAAUACUAUUUAUUCCAGAAGCUCAAGCUUAUAAAAAAUGGGCUUUCAUGAUUUAUAUUUUUCUUUAUAUUGAAGGUGAAUAUAAACAUAUAUUAUACAUACAACAUAUAUAUUAUAUAUAUAUGUACAGUUCUACUACAGCGCACACUAGUUCCGCAUCAUAAGGAGCGUGCCAUCAGUGUGUUGUCGACAGUAAACUCGAAAAUUUAGUUUAUUGUCGUUAAAAGAUUGGUGGUACCCUUAUGAUGCGGGACUGAUGUGUUCUUUUAAGCAAAAUUUUGUAUAUAUAUAUAUAUUUGAUGAUUGGUGGUACCUCCGUAUGAUGCGGGACUGAUGUUUUUUUAAGCAAAAUUUUGUAUAUAUAUAUAUAUAUUUGAUGCCAUAUUUCUCAACUGUCUAGUGUAGCAUAUUGCUUUCCUUAAUUCAAAUGAUUACCAGAAACCCUCCUGAACCUCUUUAAACAUAAGCAGAGCAUGUCAUCCAAGCAAAUAAUUAUGCGCGAUAACAAAACUUGGGACAAUAUCAGGUCACGUGCAAAGAGAGAAAUAUACAGAGAUUGCAGAAUUAGCCAAAAUGAGGGGAAAUAAACAAUUAAAAAAAAAAAAAAAGCGCAUAAAUUCAAAAUAAGGAGGAACUGUAACUUGGAACUUCGUCUUCUUCAUUCUUCUGCAUCUAUCUGCCACUGAUUCUACCCUCCCUCGGCACCACCAUCAGGACUACUCCGAUGAUAUUCUAUGAGAUGAUAAAUGAAGAAACUCUGCAUUCUACUUAUCAAGAUUUUUCUUCUCCUUGUUCAUCUUCUUGUGGUUUGUCCUUGUCUCUCAUGGAUUUAGCCGUUCCUUUAUUAUAUAGGAUGAAGAGAUUAUCAAAUUAGAGUAUGAGAGAAAAUCCUUAUUACUGCAAGAGCAAGAGGAAGAAAACCAUGAUUGGACCAAGACUGAGAAAACACGAUUGAGUUUUGAGAGUUUGGAGGCUAGCAUAUCACAUUUGCAACAGUCAAUAAGUAGGACUUGUUCUUCUAUAGAUCAUGAGCUGUAUCCUCUGUUAGUCGCAUUGACUUCCGGGUAAGAAUUUAGAUAUUGAUAUCUAAAUUUAUGGUAUUGUGAUAACUCUAAUAUUUAUCAUAAAUUUGUGAUUUUAAGAGC